AUGGGGGUCAACGUGCGGAGAGUCACGAUCGACACCGGGAGUAGCGUCAACGUACUUUACUUAGACGUCUUUCAGAAACUCAAGCUGGACCCCGCCGAGUUGAUGCCGAUCGCGACCCCAUUGUUAGGAUUCACUGGAGAUACCAUCCACCCGGAGGGAAGGAUAAGCUUGCCAGUCGAGAUGGGGACCCCUCCAAGAAUGAUUAAGACGCAGAUGGAAUUUGUGGUCGUUAAUCUGCACUGCGGGGUCGGUGUCCUCCGAGGAAGCGUUGCAUCCGCUCGAAAAUGUUAUUCCCAGGCGGUCAAUCGAAGAGACACCAGAAGCUCACGGGUGAAAGGUCAAUCGAAGAGACACCAGAAGGAUGCUCAGGCAGGGUGUAAGGAACAACCCGAGCCUUCCGAGGAAAUCGAAGAGGUUCCGCUUCACGGAGAUCGACCCAACCAAAAAAUCAAGAUUGGAAAAUCUUCAACCCCGGAACUACGAGCUGAGAUUUUAUUUAUACUUCGUGAGUUUGCAGACAUCUUUGCUUGGGGCCCGGAGGAUAUGCCGGGCAUCGACCGGGUCAUGCCCUUUGAUCUGAGGAAAGCCGGAACAACCUACCAACGCAUGGUCAAUACCCUGUUUGAGAAGUUGUUAGCCCAAUCCAUGGAGGCCUACGUUGAUGACAUGGUCAUGCCCUUUGAUCUUAGGAAAGCCGGAACAACCUACCAACGCAUGGUCAAUACCCUGUUUGAGAAGUUGUUAGCCCAAUCCAUGGUGGCCUACGUUGAUGACAUGCUAGUAAAGAGCCGUGAUUGA